AUGGUUCGUGCUAUCCGCCCCCCUCGCCCUACCUACACGAACUCCCAAGUCUCGGGGUUUUACUUCCGCCCGUGUCGCGACGAGAACGACGAGGUGGUUCUCGAGUAUUUCCGUUGCCGUUGCGGCACGGUUCGGAAGCAAACCCAUAGGAACGGGUACUCCAACCUGAUGCAACAUAUCAGGCGGGAGCACCCUGACUACGAGACCGUCAUGCUCGACGCUACGACGGCGGAGACAGUCUCCCUCGUGAACUUCGUCCGCCACUCGGCGCUGAACCUCCACGGCUGGAUGGUUUGGAUUGUCAUGUGCAACCUGCCACUCUCUUUUUGUGAGAGCCGAGAAGCUCGGCGCUACUCCAGCCUGGACCCCAUCUCGGAGGAAACGCUGCGGGCUGGCAUGGACGGGGUCGUCGUCGCCGUCGAGCGUUCGAUUGCGUCGGAGCUCCCAGCACGCUUCGGCAUCAUGCUCGACGGCUGGACACACGCAUCUGAGCACUACAUCGCCGUGUUCGCGUGCUAUGAGGUGAACGGCUGUCCCAAGACAACGCUACUCAGCAUGGCCCCGCUGCUGGACGCGCUGGGCGACGAUCUCUCCGCGCAGGGUCAUCUCGAGUUUCUAGCGACCAUGCUGCCGCGCGAUUACGGCGUACAGCUGAUGCAGUGUCGCUUCCUCGUAGCUGACAACUGCGCCGUAAACCGGCGGCUGGCAACUCUUAUGAGUGUGCCGCUUGUUGGUUGCGCAAGCCACCGCCUGAACCUUGCUGUUCAGGCGGGCAUGGCGUCGCAUGAGGAGGACCUGGCUGCUGUGCAGACGCUCAUGAUAAAAUUGCGUACUCUCACCCAAUCUGCCAAACUACGCUCUACGUUCGAGAUGGUACGGCGCCACCUCCAGCUCCUCGAGUUUCUUGACGCCAAAGACGACGACCUCAUGGACCUGCUGCCGCCGCCGGCGAUGAACAAGCGACUGCGGGCAUUGUACCAGGAGCUGUGCGACAUCGAGUCGGCUCGAAGGCCAUUCAAGGCCACGACGUCGACCUGCUGGACGUUCGCGAGGCCUCGGGCCAACAUUGUGUACAGCCCAGAUUUUGAGGCUGGGUGUGUACGCGUUCUCCGCGGGAAGGCGCAGCGGCUGACGCGUGCUGAAAAGGCCGCUUUGCAGCCCUUCGAAGCUGCCAGACCGGACGACGCGGCCGCGAGUGAGGAGGAGGAGGAUCCAGCCGCGUCGUUCGUGGAGCGUCUUCGGAAGCGCCGGCGGCUUGCACAGGACCGUGUCAAGUAUGAGCAGCUGAAGAGCAUCCCACCCACGUCGAACGUGGUGGAAUGCUUCUUCAGCAUUGCUCGGGUGACAUUUGGUCAUCAACGACACGGCCUGCUGCCACGCACGCUUGAGACGAUUUUGUUUCUCCGCCAGAAUCGGUCGUACUGGGAUGCAACGACUGUUGACAAUUUGAGCUAG